AUGUUUACAGAAGAUUGGCUCCCGCCAGAUAACAGAAGAGGUACUCCUCAGUACGCCUACCCUGACCACAGAAGCCAGCUACAUCCAGGCUACCUGGCGCCAUUGCAUCAUCCCCAGUCAGCUCCACUGGGCUACUUCCAGUACCAGCAUCUGUUUGCGUACCAGCCAUACCUGAAUUACCCAGAAACUUCAUAUGACCAGACGUCUCAGUAUACGUAUCCAAUGCAAGUGCCAGCGUUCUGGCAGAAACAGGCGCCGGAGCCGUAUGACGACACUACGUUGAAACCGUCCAUGAAGGGCGAUUCGACGGUGAUUGAACGGCUCCAGCUCCUUCUUCCAGCGCCGCCAUUGGCCAAGGCACCGCUUCGACCUGAACCACUUACAACCAUGUCGCCUCGCCGAACCAAACGGAAACUGAAAUUCACCAGAGAGCAGGACCAGCUCAUCCUAUCGCUCAAGCGGCAGGGCCGCCUGUGGGUGGAAAUUGCCGAUAUCACUAAUGUUGGCUCCUACUUGGCGGCUAGAAACAGGUACCAAGUCAUUGUGGGACAGCAGGGCUCUACCAACUUGCUGUUUUCUCCAGAGAGUAAACAAUACUUGCAAAAACUUCUUGACGCUGGCGAGCUCUGCAAAUGGGACUACAUUGCACAAAGGCUUUCGAGGUCUACAGGGAAACACUUUACGUCGAAAGCAUGUCGGGAAUACGCUAGGUUUCUUUUAUUCAGCGACCCGGAGUCGUUGGGCGUGAACCAGCGGACGGUCCAAGAGCUUGAAAAGGAACAUGAAGCCACAGAUAAGUUGCUCAAGCAAGCCGUUCUCUCGUCGCCACAAUAA